GGCUUUCCUUCAAAAAAUGUGGCAUGAUGGGGUGGUCCCAGAUAUAGUCAACCAAACUUUGAUUACCCUUAUUCCUAAAGUUGCGAACCCAAGCACGAUUAAACAGUUUCGCCUUUUUAGCCUGCUCAAUGUCAUCUAUAAGUUAUUUACCAAAAUUUUGGUGAAUCGAAUGAAGGGUACUCUGCCGGAUUUGAUCCAUCCAGCACAUGUGAGUUUUCUCCCAG